AUGACAAGUGUAACACCAUGUAAUAGCAAUAAGAGAUUCUCGAGUCGACAGAAAUCUUUUUUAUCAAAUCCGCCAAGCAGUCGGGCAUCAAUAAUUGCUGGUGCUAUCAAGCAUAAAUUUCAUCAUGAUUUUAAUCAACGUCAAAAUCCUGGUACAAAUGCUCCGUUAUUGAAAGCAAAACUUGCUGGAUAUUCACAGGAAGAGUUAGAAGAAUAUCGUCAAGUGUUCAAUGUCUUUGAUACCGAUGGCAGUGGCGCAAUUGGUAUAGAUGAAUUAGAAAGUGCGAUGAGAAAUUUAGGUUUGGAACCACAGAAGAAUGAGCUUGAACAAAUAAUUGAGGAAGUUGAUCAGAUGGGUAAUCAUGAAAUUGAUUUUCAUGAAUUUUGUGAUGUGAUGAAACGAUUGAGUGACAAACAAAAUAGUUGGAAUGAUGUGACACGAGAAUGUUUUGCUGUUUUUGAUAGAGGUGAAGGUGGUGUGGUAUCAAAAAAAGAUUUCCAAUAUAUUCUCAGUGAGUUAGGUGAUAUUCAUGAUAAAGCAGUAAUCGAUGAAAUAUUCGCAGAAGCAGAUGUUGACGGUGACGGUGUUCUCGAUUAUGAUGAAUUUUCAUUUAUGGUACGAAAUUAUAUGAUUGAUGAAGAUUUGGUUACAUGUAAAUGUCAUUGA